GCGCCCCGGGUUUAGGCCUGCCCACCUGGGCCCUGGGGCCCCAGGCUCUUCCGCUGGGCUUUGGGGGGCUCAAGCCCUGGAGUCCUACCGCCCUGGGGAGCUAUGGAUUCACAGGGGCUGAAGUGUAUGAUUAAUUAUUAUUGUCAAGAAGGCUAUUUUCACCAUGUUUUAGUCAUCGCCAGUGAAGGAAUGAAGAGGUAUGGUGAUGACCCAUUCUUCCGGUUUUACCAUAGCUUUGGAUCAUUAAUGGAAGGUAAAACUCAAGAAGCUCUUCGAGAAUUUGAAGCUACUAAAAAUAAUCAAGAUGUCUCACUUUGUUCUCUCAUGGCAAUACUAUAUGCCCAUAGACUGAGUUCAAAUCCAGAUAGAGAAGCUAUUCUGGAAACAGAAACCAGAGUGAAAGAAUUACGCAAAGGAUCAGGGCCAAAAGCUUUGUACCUUACAGCCUUAUUUCUGUGGCAUGUUGGUCGUUAUGAUAAGGCAAAAGAGUACAUUGACAGAAUGAUUAAAAUGUCAAAUGGUAGUAAAGAGGGACAGAUUUUAAAAGCAUGGCUUGAUGUUACAAGAGGAAAAGAACCAUAUACUAAAAAAGCAUUAAGAUGUUUUGAAGAGCUGUUACAAGAUGGAAAUGAUAUUUUUGCACUUCUGGGUAAGGCACAAUGCCUUGAGAUACGCCAGAAUUACUCUGGUGCUCUGGAGACUGUGAACCAAAUAAUCAUGAAAUAUCCAAAUUUCCUUCCCGCUUUUACAAAGAAAAUGAAAUUACAACUAGCCCUACAAAAUUGGGACCAGACAAUUGAUACAGCACAGAAGUUAAUUCUUCAAGAUAACCAAAAUGUGGAUGCACUGAGAAUAUUGGUUCUUUAUUAUUUAUGUAGAGAAGGGGAUAUAGAGAAGGCUGCCACCAAACUGGAAAACUUAGUAAAUGCAUUGGAUAACAUGGAACCACAGAAUGCUCAGCUUUUUUAUACGAUCACACUAGCCUUCAGCAGAACUUGUGGACGUAGUCAAGUAAUUCUUCAAAAAAUUCAGUCAUUACUAGAAAGAGCGUUUGGUUUAAAUCCCGAGCAACCAGAGUUUGCUAUUGAACUUGGAUACCAAAUGAUUUUGCAAGGAAACAUUAAAGAGUCAAUGAAGUGGUAUAAAAUUGCCAUCGCACUUGAUGAAACUAGUAUCCCUGCAAUAACUGGAUAUAUCCACUGCCAGCUACUAGAAGGGCAGUUACAGGAAGCAGCUCAGCAGUUAGAAUUUCUUAGUGAAGUUCAGCAGUCUCUCGGGAAAUCUGUGGAAUUAAUCUUUUUAGAUGUAAUUCUUGCUAUAAAGAAUAAUAAAGGACAAGAAGAAGUUACUAAUUUAUUCAGUGAUACGCUAGACACUCAUUUUUCACACUUGGAAGAUGUACCUCUUGGCGUAGAAUACUUUGAGAAGUUGAAUCCUGACUUUUUGUUAGAAAUUAUUACAGAAUAUCUGAAUUUUUGUCCAAAGCAGCCUGCAAGUCCUGGGCAACCACUUUCUCCGUUUCUCAGACGCUGCACCUCAGUCCUAGAAACUAUAGUAAGAACUGCACCAGGUCUUCUGCAAGCUGUCUUCCUACUGGCAAAAGUGAAGUAUUUGUCAGGAGACACAGAAGCAGCUUAUAAUAACCUGCAGCACUGCCUGGAGCAUAAUUCUACUUAUGCAGAUGCUCAUCUCCUGAUGGCUCAGGUUUUCUUAUCUCAGGAAAAAUUUAAAUUGUGUUCUCAGUCUCUUGAACUUUGUCUAAGCUAUAAUUUUAAGGUGAGAGAAUGCCCUUUAUAUCAUUUGAUAAAAGCUCAGUCACAGAAGAAAGUGGGAGAAGUAACAGAAGCAAUUAAAACUCUCCAUAUGGCAAUGAGUUUACCAGAAAUGAGGAGAACCGGAGUGCCCUCGAAAUCAAAAUGCAGAAAAACUGAAACUGAUAUAAGCCACCGCUUAUCAGUCUUUCUUGAGUUGGCAGAGCUUCAUCAUCUAAAUGGAGAACAGCAUGAAGCAGCAAAAGUUUUACAGGAUGCCAUCCAUGAAUUUUCUGGGACAUCUGAAGAACUUCGGGUUACUAUUGCUAAUGCAGACCUAACUCUGGCCCAAGGGGAUGUUGAGCGGGCAUUAAACAUGCUUCGAAAUGUCAAUGCCCAACAACCUUACUUCACUGAAGCCAAAGAAAAAAUGGCAGAUAUAUAUCUAAAGCACAGAAAAGAAAAAAUGUUAUAUAUCACGUGUUACAGAGAAAUUGCUGAAAAAAUACCUGGCCCUCGUUCUUUGCUUCUUCUUGGUGAUGCAUACAUGAAUAUUCAAGAGCCUGAAGAAGCCAUAGUAGCUUAUGAACAAGCAUUAAGUCAGAACCCAAAGGAUGAAAUAUUGGCAAUCAAAAUUGGAAAAGCAUUUGUCAAAACUCACAACUAUGCAAAGGCAAUCACUUAUUAUGAAGCUGCCUUGAAAAGUGGACAGCAGAAUUAUCUUUGCUAUGAUCUUGCUGAACUUUUGUUAAAACUGAAAUACUUUGACAAAGCGGAACAAGUUCUUCAACAUAUUCUGUCUCAUGAACCAGUAAAUGAACUGUCAGCUCUCAUAGAAGAUGGACGUUCUCAAGUUCUUCUAGCAAAAGUUUACAGUAAAAUGGAAAGACCUGGUGAUGCAAUCACUUCAUUACAGCAGGCUCGAGAAAUACAAGCUCGGGUACUAAAACGUGUUCAGAUGGAACAGCCAGAUGCAGUUCCGGCACAGAAACAUUUAGCAGCUGAAAUUUGUGCAGAGAUUGCAAAACAUUCUGUUGCUCAGAGAGACUAUGAAAAAGCAAUUAAGUUUUAUAGAGAGGCUCUUGUUCAUUGUGAAACAGAUAAUAAGAUAAUGUUGGAGCUGGCACGAUUAUACCUGGCACAGGAUGAUCCAGACUCCUGCCUGCGGCACUGUGCUCUUCUUCUGCAGAGUGACCAGGACAAUGAAGAUGCUACUAUGAUGAUGGCAGAUAUCAUGUUCAGAAAGCAAGACUAUGAACAAGCAGUGUUUCAUUUACAACAGCUUUUAGAACGCAAGCCAGAUAACUAUAUGACAUUAUCUCGUUUAAUUGACUUUCUGAGAAGAUGUGGAAAACUUGAGGAUGUUCCAAGAUUUUUUUUAAUGGCUGAGAAACAUAACUCUAGAGCAAAAUUGGAACCAGGAUUUCAGUACUGUAAAGGACUAUAUCUUUGGUAUACUGGAGAACCAAAUGAUGCCCUUCGACAUUUUAAUAAAGCCCGGAAAGACAGUGACUGGGGCCAAAAUGCCCUUUACAAUAUGAUAGAAAUCUGUUUGAAUCCAGAUAAUGAACCAAUUGGAGGUGAAGUAUUUGAAAAUCUGGAUGGAGACCUGGGUAAUUCAACAGAGAAACAAGAAUCUGUCCAACUAGCAGUGAGAACAGCAGAAAAACUCCUUAAAGAACUAAAACCUCAGACUGUUGAAGGUCAUGUACAGCUUCGCAUUAUGGAAAACAACUCCUUAAUGGCUACCAAACAGAAAUCUAAUGUUGAGCAAGCAUUAAACACCUUCACUGACAUAGCGUCAUCUGAGAAGGAUCAUAUUCCUGCGCUUUUGGGGAUGGCGACAGCUUACAUGCUUUUGAAGCAGAAUCCAAGAGCCAGAAACCAGCUAAAGCGGAUUGCAAAAAUGAACUGGAAUCCUAUUGAUGCUGAGGAUUUUGAAAAGAGUUGGCUUCUACUUGCUGAUAUUUAUAUUCAAUCAGGAAAAUAUGACAUGGCGGAAGAGCUGCUAAAACGAUGUUUGCGUCAUAAUAGGUCUUGCUGCAAAGCUUAUGAAUACAUGGGAUACAUUAUGGAAAAAGAGCAAGCGUAUACAGAUGCUGCCUUAAACUAUGAGAUGGCGUGGAAACAUGGCAAUCAGACAAAUCCAGCCGUAGGAUACAAACUGGCGUUUAAUUACCUAAAAGCAAAAAGAUUUGUGGAUGCAAUUGACAUAUGUCAUCAGGUUCUUGAAGCACAUCCAACUUACCCCAAAAUCAGAAAAGAUAUACUUGAUAAGGCUCGUACAUCUUUAAGAUCUUGAUAAUUAUGUUAACUCAUUCUGUUGGCUAAGUGAAGAAAUUAAAGGAAUCUGUGUUCUUCCAAUUCAAAAUAGACUUAAAUAAUACUGUUUAGAAGUAUAUUUUUCUUUCUCCAGCAGAGGCUGCUGUUGUACAUAAAGAAGAAUCUAAGUGUCAAGUGAAUAUUUUCUAAUGGAAAAGUGAUGAACUGGUGUGUUUUAUUGGUUCUUUCAGGUGCAAAAUUGGUGUCUCUGAGAUAAGGAUUAUAUCCCAUUUAUAUAGAGGAUAUUGUGGUAAGAUCUAAGUAAUUUAAAUAUCCUGUGUCUUUUCUACAGAAUAAAACUUUUUAUUUCAACAAACAUA